GAGAGAGAGAGAGAGAGAGAGAGAGAGAGAGAGAGGAAUGUCAUCACAGUUGUUUUUGCCGUUUGCAGAUUUGAAAACAAACUCCCAGGUUAAAUUAUAGUGUAAUAUUUGAAUGAGAGCAAGGCCUGGCAGCACAGCCACCUCUGGAAACUUGAACUACUUUCACUUCACCAGGUCCUGAGGGUCUAUUUUAAACUUGUACACUCUCGCCACAAAUAGAGCAGAACACAAGACAGCAUGCAGAAAUAAACCUGCCUGCAUAUAUAUAAAAUAAUAAUAAUAAUAUUAAUAAUAAUGCUGUAAUGUAGUCUUAGGAAACUUCUAGCUSUUGGUCUGGGAACUCUUUUGGACACCACUGAACAACUAUCUACAACAAGAAUCCAUGGAGACAGAGGUCCAGCCCUCUUCUCGGGGGGAUCAUGGCUCAGUUCUGUUAAAGCAGCUGGACAGGAUGAGGGCAGCAGAGGAGCUCACAGAUGUGGUGCUGCUGGCUGAGGGAAUUCCCUUCCCAUGCCACAAGGUUGUGCUAUCUGCAUUCAGCCCUUACUUCCAGGCCAUGUUUACGUGUGGUCUGAAGGAGACCCGGGGAGCAGAGGUGCCUCUCAGAGACACUCCUGCUCGGAGUCUGGAGCUGCUGCUGAACUACAUGUACCGUGCUGAGCUCCCCCUUUCAACCAGUAACAUCCAGAUGGUUGCUGCUGCUGCCUUCUURCUUCACGUGGAUGGAGCCUUCAGGUUGUGUCAGAGCUACAUGGAAGCCCACAUGGACCCAUCAAACUGUAUCGGUUUGUACUGCUGGGCCAGAGAUCUCGGGGCCACAGAUCUGUCUGACUGCGCCCUGAGAUUCAUCUGUCAACACUUCACACAGGUUUGUCAUGAAGAGGAACUGUUGGAGCUUGAUGCCCAAAACCUCGGAGACCUUUUGGCUUCGGAUGACCUCAAUGUACCCCAGGAGGAGGUCGUGCUGAAGCUGGUGCUGCACUGGGUGGAGAGGCGCAGGAAUGACCCUCAGAGCGAAGCCCAGGCUGCGGAGUUACUGAGGCGGGUGCGACUGGAGCUUGUAGACCCUGGGUUUCUCCGAAAAGCAAGGAGAAAGAACCCGGUGUUGCUGCGGGAUUCUGAGUGCUUCGGGAUGAUUGAUGCUGCUCUCCAGACCUCGGCUCUCUGCGAGGCAUCGGCCCCACCUCGCCCAGCUCUUCGAUACGGCAUGGAGACGACAGACCUUCUGCUCUGUUUGGGCGGAGUGAACACGGAGGGUGUUCCUGCUCAGCGUGGAGGACAGGCUGACCUGAGUUUUUGCUUUGCUCCUCGCGGGGGAAAGAUCUACUACAUCCCCUCUCCGCUGAGAGACUUUGGAGGGAAGGGGCAGAUCACAGCAGGAGCAGUGACCAGAGACAAUAACGUGUUGGUGGCUGUGGAGUCAGAAGAUCAACAAAGGAGGAGGAGGCUUGAUUUUUACAGGUAUGGGAACUCAGAGGAGAAGAGCUGGAUGGAGCUGUGCUCUGCUCCCUACAGAGACAUGUAUGCUUUAGGGCUGGUAGGAGAUGCCCUGUACUUGAUGGGUGGUCAGAUGAAGGUGCAUAAUCACUACAUGAUCACUGAUAGCGUGGCAAGAUGGUCACUGAAGAGAGGAGGCAGCUGGCUCAGCUUCGCUCCUCUACCUCUUCCUUUAGCCUGCCACUGCGCCGUGAGUCUGAAGGAGCAUCUCUAUGUGCUGGGGGGCUGGACCCCACAGGAUCAGCCGGACGAUGAGCCUGACAAGCUGAGCAAUCGCAUGUUUCAGUUUGACCCCAGCAAAGACACAUGGACUGAGUGUGCCAGGAUGAAGUACUCCAGAUACAGAUGUGGCACAGCUGUCCUCAGUGGAGAAAUCUACAUAAUUGGUGGUAUAGGAUGUGAUGGGGAGGACAGAGGACAGUCACGUUGCUCUCUGAGCUCGGUGGAGAUUUACAACCCAGAUUCAGACAGCUGGAGAGCCGGACCGACUCUUCCUACAUCCAUACUUUCCCUUCGAACCAAUGCCUCGAAUGCUGGAGUGGUGGAGGGAAAGCUUUAUCUCUGUGGAUACUACAAAAGAGCUGGUCGUCAUGAGAUCAUUACUAAGGAGAUUUUGGAACUGGACCCCACAGACAAUGUGUGGACGGUGGUGGAGAGACGAGCAGCCCUGCACGACAGCUACGAUGUCUGUCUGGUUGCUAAUCUCAACCCUCGAGACCUCUUGACACUUUAACAUACUUUUUAUGACUGCGUGGGAGAAACUCUUUUGGAUCUUGUGUGUAGGAAGUAACUGUAUUGUCUUUGAAUCUUCAACAGGUUUAUCCAAAUAUUAUAGCUUUAAUUUUACAUUUAUGUUUAAAGUAAAUAUCUGUAUUGUUUAUAGUAAAAAAAACGCAUGAAAAUUUUAGAUUAUAAACUGCAUUUUUUUUUCAAAACACACUUAAUACAUCGUCCCCAUUUUGUAUUUACUGUACUUUGUGUGGCUCUCAUUAGAAAAUGUUCCUAUACCCAAGAAUAUUAGACUUGGAGGAUCUUAAUAAAAAUUUACAUAAACAACAAAAUAUGUUUCUUCAAAUGACAAGUAAAUAUAAAAAUAGAUUGUGAGCAAAUAAAAAAACUA